AUGCUUCGCUACGGCUACGCUGCUGCACCGUGGAGCUACGAUGGCGUGCUCCUCCAUCCCGGCUGCUGCAAAGCGCAGUUCAGAAGAGGAAUCGAAAUUGCCUUCAAGCCGUACCCGAUGCCAAUGUUAGAAGAAUGGCAGUUCCCAGUGACACUGAACUACGAGACGCAACAACAACUGGAACUUCAGGCCAAGGGCACUCUUAUAUUAAUGUGCUGUAAGCUCACUUUCCUGGUGGACGACGGUAGUUCAUGCGAGUGGAACCUAACUGCUAUCAGGAAGUUCGGCUACACUAGCAACAACUUCCACUUCGAGGCUGGUCGCAAGUCCUCAACUGGCGAAGGCAUGCGUACCUUUCUUACUGACAAGGGUAAAUGCAUACACGGACGCGUCCUGCAGAUUAAGGAGUACUACCAGUUUGAUCUUCUGUGUCAGCGAGGUGUGUCCCCAGAGCAAAUAAUGCAGCAGGUUCUGAGUUCUAAGAAAGAGCGAGAUGAAGGCACACUAGGUCGAAGUCGUGGCUUUGGGAAAAAGACUGGCGAAAUUCAUCGUUCAUCUCAACCUGAGCUUUCUAAGAUGUUCUACACUUCUCAGUCUGACCUCACGAGGCACACUCGCACAUCUCAACCAGAACUUAUGCGGUCAAAUUGCACAUCUCAACCAGAACUUAUGCGGUCAAGUUGCACAUCUCAGCCGGAACUUAUGCGGUCAAGUUGCACAUCUCAACCAGAACUUAUGCGGUCAAGUUGCACAUCUCAGCCGGAACUUAUGCGGUCAAGUUGCACAUCUCAGCCGGAACUUAUGCGGUCAAGUUGCACAUCUCAACCAGAACUUAUGCGGUCAAGUUGCACAUCUCAGCCGGAACUUAUGCGGUCAAGCUGCACAUCUCAACCAGAGCUUGUGAGGUCAAGUCUGUCAUCUCAGCCAGACCUCACUGAGAAUAUGUACACCUCUUAGCCAAACCUCAGCAUUCCCAGCAUCACCCAGACCUCACCAGACUGGGCCGCACCUCAUUAAUUGGCUAGGGUUUCAAAGAACACUACUCUACCUUCCCGAGUAAUCUUAAUAAUAAUAAUAAUAAUAAUAAUAACAAUAAUAAUAAUAAUAAUAAUAAUAAUAAUAAUAAUAAUAAUAAUAAUAAUAAUAAUAAUAAUAAUAAUAACAAUAAUAACAAUAAUAAUAAUAAUAAUAAUAAUAAUAAUAAUAAUAAUAAUAAUAAUAAUAAUAAUAAUAAUAACAAUAAUAACAAUAAUAAUAAUAAUAAUAAUAACAAUAAUAACAAUAAUAAUAAUAAUAAUAAUAAUAAUAACAAUAAUAACAAUAAUAAUAAUAAUAAUAAUAAUAAUAAUAAUAAUAAUAAUAAUAAUAAUAAUAAUAAUAAUAAUAAUAAUAACAAUAAUGUCUUUAUUUACUACAAUUACAUGUACCAGGUAUACAGUCCUAGCUGACAUCAGUGACAUACUACUAUAUAGAAAGCCGCUUGUUAUGCAGAGCAUUUCGGGCAAAUUAGGUCAGUUUUGUCCCAGGAUGCGACCCACACCAGUCAACUAACACCCAGGUACCUAUUUUUACUGAUAGGUGAACAUGGUCAAUAGGUGGAAGGAAACAGGCCCAAUGUUUUUAUCCUUGCCGGGAAUCGAACCCGGACCCUCAGCGUGUGAAACGAGAGCUUUCCCACCAUGCCACGGGCCCCUUGUUAUAUAGAGUUAUACGAAGCCCCAGUUAUACAAAGCAUUUCGGGCAACCUAAGUUAAUCUUGUCCCCCAGGAUGUAAUCCACACUAAUCGACUAAUACCCAAUUACCUACUUACUGCUAGGUAAACAGGGACAGUACCCCGAGUACACGAAGAGGCUGACAGGGUAUUGCUCACCUCAAACUCUAGCACUGUUCUUGCUAAGCAGUGACUUAAAUUUCUCUUUCAUAUAUGUUAGUGACAUCUAUAUGAAACAACACAUAGAAGGUCAGGCUUUAUAAGCUGCAAUUUAUUAGUGUAUAUAUAUCCUUCGAGGGAAGCAGGUACCUGGGUCCUGGUGAAGGACUCUUCAUCCAAAUAAUUUUAGCUACUAUCCCAUUUCUCGGAUUAAAGUUGAUUACCUCUCAUUUCACAGGCACUUUAUGAUCCAUAUGGGAUUAUCACUUCCGCCAUGAAUAUAAUAUGAUAAUCGUUGUAUUCGUUGUAUU